AUGUCCUGCUACGAUCUGUGCCGUCCCUGUGGCCCAACCCCGCUUGCCAACAGCUGCAACGAGCCCUGCGUCAGGCAGUGCCAGGACUCCCGGGUGGUGAUCCAGCCCUCUCCCGUGGUGGUGACCCUGCCCGGACCCAUCCUCAGCUCCUUCCCCCAGAACACCGCUGUGGGAUCCACCACCUCCGCUGCUGUUGGCAGCAUCCUGAGUGAGGAGGGAGUGCCCAUCUCCUCCGGGGGCUUUGGCCUCUCUGGCCUUGGUGGCCGCUACUACGGCAGAAGGUGCCUGCCCUGCUAA